AUGACUGCUACUACUUCAGAGUCCCCAAAAGAACCUACGGGGGAUAAAGAGGCUGUGAGAACUCUCCAAAGAGUAACAGACGAUGAUUUAUACCGGCACUCUUCCCAAUACAGACUAUGGUCCUUCACGCCCGAACAGUUAAACCAAAGAAGAAUUGACAUAAAUGCACGGGCUGCUUUAAGGACGGACCAGAACUUAAAGGAAUUCAAAGAGGCUCAUAAAGAAUUAACUGAUGAAGAGCUCACUGCUUUGGAAUUGAAAGCAGUACCUGUUACAGUUGAAGAGGAAUAUAUGCUGGUAAAUUAUUAUGCAAAAAUGAUAAUAUCAUUUGCGGGAAAGAUGAAUCUACCUACAGAGGUUGCUGCAACCGCAGCUUCAUUCUUGAGAAGGUUUUACCUGGUAAACUCAGUCAUGGAUAUAGUCCCUAAGGAAAUAUUUUACACCACGUUGUUCUUCGCAUGCAAGUCGGAAAAUUACUUCAUUGGUGUAGAAUCUUUCGCAAAGAAAACCAAGUCAACUCCUGAAAGUAUUUUAAAGCACGAAUUCAAACUUCUCGAGAGUCUGCAGUUUACUUUAAUGAAUCAUCAUCCAUAUAAAGCCCUUCACGGUUUUUUCCUUGACAUACAGACCGUCUUACAAGGUAAAGUUGAUCUGAAAUAUAUGGGUCAAGUCUACAAUAACUGUAAAAAAACAAUUACAGAUGCACUACUAACAGACGCUGUUUAUUUUUUCACACCUCCCCAGAUUACUUUAGCAGCUCUCCUGAGGGAGGAUGAAGCAUUGACAUCUAAGUACCUCGAACUCAAGUUUAAUAUAAUCAAAGACGCACCAAAUGAAGAUGGUAAUUCAGAUCCUAUUAUUGAUUCACAAAAACGUCUAAAUGGAAGAAAACUUUUAGAAAUAAUACGAAAUUGCAAAGAAAUCAUUUCAAGGAAAAAUUCCACGAAACAGGAAGAACUUUCGAGGAUAGCGGCGAAAAUUCAUUUCAGCCAAAAUCCUCAAUCCGUAAUUGAGAGAGUAAAACGUCAACAGCAAUCAUCUUCUGCAACGCCGGAUCCGGAAGAAUCACAGAGGAAAAAACAGAAAACCUAA